GGUUUAAUCUUUCAGGUUGGGAGUGUAAAUGAGUUGCAAUGCUACUACGCCCAUGGAGAAGACAAUAAAAACUUUCAAAGACGAAGUUAUUGGAUGCUUCAAGAGGAGCUUUCAAACAUAGUUCUUGUCCACUACCGAGAUGUAAAGCCCCAGGAAGUUCCUAACUUCCAGCCACCGGAAUAUAUCAUGGAAAAAUGUGAUCUCGAUGUUGGAUCUCUGCCUUCUCACCCAUCAUUUUCUUCAGCUCAAACAGAAACCAUAGGAAACAUUCCUGAACAAAGACAUGGAAUUUCGGAACAGCUUGUUGCCAAAAGCUUUGGUGAAUCACAGGAGUUAGGGAGUCACCUACAGUUCCUUGGGGAGUGGCAGACAUUUGAAAAUGAUUCUGCUAGCAAAUGUCUCACAUAUUCAGACUUGGAACAAGGUCCUACUUCAAAGUUUUGUGAGCAAGACACCGAUUGUGUUGAUUUACUUGACUCCUUUGUCCCUUCCUGUGCACAUCCACAAAAUCAAAAUGAUGUUCAGAGACAGCUUCCAGAUGCAGAACAUGCACACAUUUUGCAAUCAGAUUCAGAAACAAUUUCGAAUGUGGAGGGGAAAUCCAUCUACUCUGGAGCUAUAAAACAACAUUUAUUAGACUGUUCACUACCGGAGGAGGGUUUGAGGAAGAUUGAAAGUUCCUAUGGCUUGAUGAGUGAGAAACUGGCAGGUGCUGAUGUGCAGUUCAGUUCCGCAGCCCACAGAAAGACAGUUGAAACUGAGAAUAGGAUUGAUGGUUCUAGCAUUCCCACUCAACCGCAUGUGGAUACCUCUAUGCCGAGUUCUUCUCUCUCUGAAGACCAGCUAUGUGACAUUAUUGAUUUCACAGCAAAUGGGGCAUGUGUGGGCUCAGAAACUGAGACAUCUAAAAAGGAUUCUUCAUGUUUAUCCAAGCACCAUACGGAACAGAAGUUGUAUUCAGACUCGGCGCAUGAUCUUACUUCAAGCUUUUGUUGCCAAGAUAUUGAUCGUUUUGAUUUACUUAAUGCCCUUGAGCCUUCCUUUGCACAUCCGAACAAACAAAAUGAUGUUCAGACGCAGCUUUUAAUGGAGGAAGAUUUGAAGAAAACUGAAAGUUCCAACGGCCUGAGCAGUAGAGACUUGGAGAUGCUGGCUUCAUCAUCCUCCCAAGAUCAGCUCAGUAGCAUGAUUGCUUUCUCACCAAAUUGGAAAUAUAUGGGCUCAGAAGUUGAGAUAGCUGAAAUUGAUUUUGCACAUUCAUCUAAUUGGCCCAUGGAUCAUCAGUUAUACCCAGACUCAGAAGAAAAUCUUACUUCAAGCCUUCCUGGGAUCUUUUCUAUAAUUAGUGUCGGUAUGCCUUCAUGUGCACAUUCCGAUAAGGAAAAUGAUCAUCAGACUCAGCUUUCAGACUCAGAAUAUGAAUAUUUCUCAGAAUCGGAAAAUGAUCAUCAGACUCAGCUUUCAGACUCAGAAUAUGAAUAUCUCUCAGAAUCAGAAAAUGAUCAUCAGACUCAGCUUUCAGACUCAGAAUAUGAAUAUUUCUCAGAAUUAGAAACAGAUAGUAAUUUGACCAUUGAGGAGCAUAUUUCAGUUGGAUCUCAAACUGAUGGAGGUCUGAGUACAGAACUUGGAGAUGUAACUGAAAAUGCCAAUGGGAUUGAUGAUUCCAGCAUUCCUGCUCAAAAGGUCUUUAUCAUGGAAAGAUUCCUUAAGAAUCAACCAGAAAUUAUUGCUGAUACUGUUCUUCCUUGCCGAGUUCCUCCAAGUGAAAGUCUCCAUAUGCGAUUUGGGAAGUUGAGUCUUAACUCUGUUGCCACUCCAAAUUAUAAUCCUGGAAAAAUAGAACCUGCCCAAGCAGAAACUGUCCUUAACUGGCACUCUCAAAAUGCCUCAGCUCGGAGUUCUUUGCAACUACGAUCUCUUCUGGAUGAGCUUCGACAGAAAAUUCAAGACCUUCACCAAGAGAUCCUCUCUUUGAUCUCUCUUCGCCAAGACUUCUCUCGGCAAGAAAAAGAAAUCAAGCAUUUAAAGAUUCAACUAAAAUCCCUAGAGCGUACCCUGACUGAGCGUACUUUUUCUGAAAAUAUCCCUUGGUAUCAACAGACUUCUGGUCCUUCUAUCCUAAGUCUGCCUAAGGCCACUCAGUCCCUUCGAAGUUCUUCUGAUUUGCCACGAGGUGCUUCUGCCUCACUCUUUACUCCAGAAGAAUAUGCGAAGAAAUUGCAACCACGACAAACCCCCCACUGGAAACCAAAAACUCAGAAUUCUCCACCCCCAGUUACGAAGCCCACUCCUAUUCCGGAUCUGUAUCCACCUGCCCAACAUAUGAUGGAACCCUCGACUAAUCCUAUCACAGAAUAUCUCAGAUAUUAUGCUUACACCGAGACAACUCCUUUACAAAAUCUCCCCAUUAUCUAUCCAACCAUUGGAAUAUCCAGUUCUGAACCUACAACGGAUGUAUCUGACUCUGAUUCUUCUUCUGAUUCUGAUCAUCUUUUGAUCUUUAUGCAUCAGCCGUCUACUUCGGCAGCUCCAAGUCCGUUCAUUGAUCAGAGAAGGCAAUGAUGAUUGGGGCAAGAAGCUAGAGGUGAAGGAGAAGUUGCAUA